UAUGGCUUAUGGUAUCUCAAAAAAUUUUUGUAGCUGCGGAAAAAAACUUAUUCUCUCUCUUAGCCAGUUCGGUUAGAGUUUUCCCGUCGUGCGUUACACCAUACACCUAACGCGUGAUUACAUUUUCGGUUGCGCAUCGGUUUUUCUGAGGAAAAAAGAAAAUCCUUCUUCUUUUUUUUGCACUUUUAUUGUUUUUUCUUCUUCUUUGUUGCAGUCUUAAAUCAAGAGAAAAAUAAAAAAGUGUUCUGUUCAACGAUCUGUUUGUUAAUUGAUUAGUUGCAAUUUGUUGCUAUAUACAUAUAUAUAUAUUUAUAUGUAUAAUAAAAAAGUGUGUGUGUUGAUUUAUGUAUUCAAUUUACAUACAUACAAAAUAAGAGUGUGCAUUGUAAAUUACAUUUUCGCCAUCAUUAUAUUAUUUUGGAAUAAAGGUAUAUAAAUAAUUGGGAUACGCAAAUUUAAAAAAAAAAUUAAAAAAAAAAACAACGAGUGGAUAAAACAAAAAAAUAAAAAAAUAUAAAGUGCGAAUUAUUAUCUGGUUUGACGAGCGGAAAGCUAUACACACUUACUUAUAUCCAAGACAUUAAAGGAUAAUUAAUUAAAUGUUGCUGAAUUCAUAAGAGUGGAACAGCUGUGAUUUAAUGAAAUAGAAGAACAUGUUCCUUUAGAAAUGGCAAAAAUUUCACGACGUUCUGUUGCGUCAAAUUCAUCACCCGCCGAUAGUAAUGCAAACAGUAUUUCAUCGCCAACCAACGACAACAGUGGUAACAUCAAUAACAUCAACAAACAAUCAACAAACUCAAACACAAACUCCAAACCGAAAUCAUUGUCAACGAAUUUCUCAUCAUCGCCAUCUAUCGUCAGCCACGUCAACAGUGAUAUUCCAUUAUCCUCAUCAUCAUCGUCAUCAUUAUCAAAAACAACAAUUCAAACACAAACUGAUUCUUCUUCAGCAAUUGCUCCACCACAACAUGACACAUCAUUUCCAGAUCCAUUACGUUCAAAUGGCAGUCAAUUUACUACGCGUACAAUUCUUAAUGGCCAUCAUAACAAUAACAAUCACGGCUAUUCGUCGUCAUCGUCAUCGUCGGCUAAUCAUCAAGUCAGUUCGCAAAGUUCCAGUAAAAGCGCUGAUAAGACUAACACCUAUAAUCGCAUUAGUACAACACCAUUACCGUCAUCUACAACGACUUUAUUGGCAGGACAUCCAUCAAUUACCAUUCCCUAUUCGAAUCUUAGUGACCACAAUAUUACCCAGGCGCAAAUUUUGGCAGCCGAACGGGAGCGUAUACGGGCCGAGUUUUUUGCUACCUAUGAUGUCAUGACAGGGGUUCGGAUAGCAGCAACUCUGGGCGGGUUCUUUAGUUUGAUGGUAUUUUUAAUUGUCUGGAAGAGUCGGAGUCAUACUGAUGAGACACUAAGGGUUUUAAAAGAUCCAAAAAUUGCGGCUGUAGCGGCAGCUUGUAUGCAGGAGGAAGAAGAACGCAAAAUACAAGAAGCAAUGGAAGCAACUGGCAUGUCUAUAUAUCCAGACGAGUACGACGCAAUUCUAUAUCGCAGACAACGAAUGUUAUCCUUGGGUAAUGUGAGUGCACCUCCAGUUUUGCAUCGUGGCUAUCGAUUUUCAUCAGUUGGUGGUGGAGGUUAUAGCAGCCUUUUAGAACCACCAAGAAGGUAUUCAUAUUCGUAUGGUGGCGGACGACGUAAAAGCGGUUCGGAAUCAUCCAGAGUGCUGACUAAUUAUCCCAUGGGCAGCAGUUUCGGCACCGAUGACUAUUUUAUGGAAACUGAUGACGAACUAGAGAAUCCAGAAUUUGAAGUGAGCCAUCGUAGAACCGAUUCGGUGAAAGGGCAUGGCUUCCUGGAGGUACCAAAUGGAGCUGCAGAAUCCCGGCGCAGCAGUGCCAUGACGUGCUGCAGCACUGAGAGCUCAUAUCUCGAGCGACGCUGUUCGGCACUCACUCUGGGCUUGGGAAAUCUACCACCAUCAUUGCGACGUAAACUCUCCACAGCAUCACGCACAUCUAGUAACGACAUGUGGGACUAUUACUAUCCAGAUAUCCAAGUGAUUCAACCAACACCAAGUGCUUCCCCUUGUCCGAGUGAACGAAUUUUCAACGAUCAGGCAACAUCGUCUAGUCAUCCUACUAAAGAGGCUAGCGCUGCCUCCAUCACUAAGACUGCAAUAAGUAGUUCAACAACAGCUGCCAUUAUUCAACAAAAACAAAUUACAACUGCACCAUCAACAACAACCACAACAACAGCAGCAGCAAACCCUACAGCGGGUGCUGCAGCUCCACAUUUUGUAAGGAAGCAUAGUAUAGCUUAUUAUGAUCCUGAGAGUGCGCAGUCAGGUCGUCAGCAGCAUAUUCACUCAAUAAGUGCCGAUACUGCUGAUUUUCUGCCAUAUCCAAUAUCGGCAAAAGUCGUUCAGCUGCACGAGAAGUAUGAUGAUUCUAGCGAGCUCAAACUAGUUGUAAGGCGGAAAAUAUCAGCUCCGCUAGAGGGCACCACAAAUGGCCGAAUAAUCGACAACAACAAUAGCUACACGUAUCCUAAUGAAUUUUCCACAACUACUGGCAAUGGAGGAAAUAAUAGCAUAGGAAGCUUGGGCAGUGCCGCAGAUCUGUCAAAGAAUGCAACAACUAAUGCAGGGCCCAAACGAGCACCGCUCGCCUCUUUAAGUUCCUUUAAAAUUUCCUCUAUAGAGUAUCAGGACUCGGAGAUACGAAGCCUUGAUGAAGAUUCAGUAUUUCUAGAUAGCAUAGCCGACACCGACGAAGACAUGGAGCAGUUUAGCACCGAUAGCGAUGAGAUAAGUCUAGAAGACGAUGGCAUCGAAGACGGGCCAACGAAGGUACCAACCAGCAUUACCGUAGCUAGUCCUAUAUCAAAUCUCUCGCACAAUCAUGAGGAUAUACAUUCGGUAAAAAGUGUUCCACCUAUGUCCCAUUUCUCUGACACACGGAGAACCUUGGGCAGCAACGUUAGCAGCUCUUUUAAGCGUCCCCGACGACCAAUUUUGGAACGCCACAAGAGCAUCUCUAUAGCGACUUCCAAUGAGAAAAUCUCCCUCAUUGGCGGCCAUCAAAUGAAGGAUUUCUCUCAGCAGCAAUCAUUCGAUUCUACGAAUCGUGGACAACCGCUAGAAACUCAUUUCACAAUUCUGCCACGCCAGGAUACAACCGAGUCCACACCAUCAUCGCAGCGACGACUUCUCGUCAAGCCACAACUCCAGCAACAAAUAAGCGCGGAACAGACUACAGAAGAAACUACAACCAAUACCACCACCACAACCGCUGAAACCUGUUCAACCUUCAACACCGAAAUUCCCCAGGGCCAACAGUUCUAUGGUGGUCCUGACGAGAUCAUCUCUCCUAGCCAACAUUCAAUUCUACCGCUUAUAUCAAUGCCUGCAUCGCUGAAGAACCUUAUUCGUCAAAAUAGUCCCCCGGCUUGUUCGUCGGUGAUUCUCGAACUGCCUUUGAUCAAACUUCCAACAACAGACGAAAGUAGUGACAAUAGUUACGUAGACAACAACGAUGACGACGACAAAAGUCGCAGCAAAAGCGACGAGUCGCGAGAUCCAAGUUUACCGGGCUCCUCUCGCAAAUGGUCCAGAGAAACUUUGUUCUAGCUAGACGCAAAACUGACGCAUUUACUCAUCAUCAUGCAUAAUCACCAAUUUGUCAAUCAAUUUUUGAUACAUGUCAAAGUAGAUGUCAACAUUGUCGUCGCCAUAACUGUUGUUGUUCAUGUUGCUUAUGUUAUUGUUGUUGAUACGGAGUUUACUCAUCGAUUAGUUUAUAAGUCUGAUAUAAAAGAAUAUAAAACAAACAAACAAAAAAUUUUAAAAUAAAAAAAACACACAUUUUAGAGAGACUGUUUUCCGUUAUGUUUUGUUGUUCUUUUAUGUUCUAGGAUUUAAAAAUUUUAACUGUACAUACAUAAAUUACACACGCCAUCAUGGUACGAUUGUUAUAAGAACAAAAUAAAAAGAUGUGUGUUAGACAAACAACAACAAAAUAAUUCCAGAAAUUUAUUGAAUUUUAAAUAAUAACAAAAAAACAUUUUGCUAGAAAUGAGAAAAGAUUAUAUAAGAUAAAAACAUUGCAUUAAAUGCUCCAAACUUCUCUUAAGUUCUAUAAGAAUAACUUAAAAAAAAAAAACUAAGAACAAAAGAAAAACAGCCUUAAGGGUGUUUACCUAUUCAUUUUUAUAAAUUGUAUAUGUCAAACCUUGAAGUAAAAUAUUCACAAAGAGUAGAGUAAGGUUUUGAUAGUGUCCCCGUCCUUUUUUCUUUCUGUUUGCGUUAUCUGUCUGAUGCUGAUAUGUUCUGGAAACUAAGCUGAAAAGGUUCUCUUUUCUUUGACGUUUUCCUAAAUCUAAACAUUGAACUAUACUAAUUUGACUUAAGAAGAUCCCACACGUCAAUAUUACAAAGUAGUUAAAAAAUCUGGUUAUAUUAUAGUCUGUCUAUGUGCAUACGGAGCCUAAAUUAAGUUCAAACUAAAAUUUAGGCUCUAUCACACUGCAACUUAUAAAGUAUUUUAUUAACCUACCUUCCUUUACUCUCACUGAUGACGUUUUCCAUUCUUAUUAAAACAAAUAUUUCAAAUCGAUGUUUUUCCCUUUUUUCGUGUUCCAUUGUGCAAACAAAAAAAAUGAUUUAUUUAUGAUUAGAAGACGAACUGUCAGAUCUAGAUAUAUUGAGGAAUUUGCGCAUCGACAGUACAGUUUUCAUUUGUCUGUUUGAUAAACGCGUUCUUUAUCGAAUUAAAAUAAUGAGUCUUCUGAUUCCUAUGUUAUAAGCCCUUAAAAAUUAGUAAAUUCACAUUGAUUAUAAAAUUCAACGGGAAGGCUUAGGAAAAAAUGGAAUGUCAAUUUUAAUUUGACACUUCUUCCAUAGCAAAAACGUCAAAAAAUCAAUUCGAAUUUACCGUGCACCAAGCCAAGCUUAUAAUCCAAUAUUUACAGCUUCUAAGAAAAAGAACAUUACACAAAUGACAAUUUUUAAUCGUGUUCCAUUUUUCACGAAAAAAAUAUAAAUAAAAUUGCAUUGAAUUUAAAAUUAACCAAUGGAAAAUUCGAAUGACUUUUUAAUGAAACUGGAAGAAAUCAUAUCAAACAGAUCUAUUUGCAUCUGAAAAUUGUUAGGGUGCGUUUGAUUUGGUUAAAUUUAUUUGUAUACCAUAAUUACAUAUUUAAUACCAGUGGAGUGAUGGUUAGUGCGUAUAUAGGUUUGCCAUGCCAGAGGUCUUGGGUUAAAACCCUGCCGGUGCUAUCUAAAGAAUUCCACUUCCAAAAAUGUUGAUUAUGUGCCUAACACCUGUAGUCCAUGUGUUUUUUCGGUACUAGACAAAAAUAGUUUAUUUUAACUCUACUUGCACCAAUGACAUCGCAACUUCCAACUUUAUUUUAAGAGAAUUUAAAGAGUGUGAUUAAAUCCUUUCUUCUAAUGAAGGGUACGUGUUUUACCAGUAAUUCUUAAAACUCAAUACUACUUACUUUUGGUAAAUCAUAAACAUAAUUAAUUUAAAAAAACACACAUUUUCCUCAAUCCAUCCAACAUAACAAUUAAAAAAAAAACCGUUUAUUACUAUGUAGCUUAAAACUAAUCAGGGUAAACAAAUAUUUAAAAAAAAAAAUUUUAAAAAAGAAAGAAACAUUUUAAACAAAUUGUGUAAAAUCUGUAAUACAAAAAUGCUGACAAAAUAAACAAAACAAAACAAAAAUUACUUAUAAAAAUAAUUAAAUAAAUAUACCUAGAUUCUAUGUAAAAUGUAAAUGUAAGAAAUGUAUAUUUUAAAAAUGAAACAAAACAAAAAUGUAUAUCUUCCUGGGUCAACCCACCCACCUUCUCUAUUUUUCUAUUGAGAUCAUCAUCAAAAAAAAAUAAAAGUAAACAAAAAUUAAUCGUGAUCAAAAACAAAACAAACUCACUCAAUUGCAUUGAACCACAAAAAACACUCACUCAAUCACACACACACACUUACAUACACAUUAGACUGGGUCAAAAAUGUGAGAAUUUUCAUUUUAAAAUACAACUUUGAUAACUAAACUUAAUGUUAUUUUUAUAAUAUCUAAAAAUGUUGUCUUUUAACUUGAGACUUAUUUAUGCAAAACAUUAAAUUACUCAAAAAUCUUGCGAGGCUACAAUUUCUAAGAUUAAAAUUUUUGGUUCCGCCAAAGUAAGGUACGCAACAUUUUCGAUCUUGUAUUCAAAAAUAAAAAUACCUACAUUAUUCGAGCCAGUCUAAUACACAUCUAUAAAGGCAAUAUGCCUCAUUUGUACCUAUAACGCGUAAGCCUUUUUGUACUUAAUAAAAAUAAAAUAAAUUAAAAAUCAAACGAUAAUAAAAACAAAAAUUCAAAUCACAAUAUUUCAUAAAACUAAUAUAACAACAUCAAAAAAACAAAAACAAAGAACAAUACAACAAUUAAAAAAAGAAAACAAUUAGUCUUAAAAAUAUAAACAAAAAAUUAACAAACUAUAACCAAAAAUAAAAUUAAAUGAAUGAAUUUGAACAAAAUACAAAAAUAGAUAUAAAAAGAAAAUUAGAAAAUAUUAAAAGAAUAAAAACCAAAAAUCGCAAGUUAAUUUUUAGGUGCAUUUAAAAAACAAAGUAUGUAAUAAAUAAAAACAAAAUAGAAAAACCGUUGAAUGUAAAUGUAAACGAUAUAAAAAUAAUUUAAAUUAAAUUGAGGUAAAGAAAAGAAAAUUAUAUAUAAAAUCAACAUACAUAGGCUUAAGAAUAUAAUAAUAAUAUUAUGAGGAAAACAAAAUUGUUAAACCAACAACAUAAACACACCAAAACUAAAAUUAAAAUUAAAAAUCAGAAAAAUGUAUAGAACAAGAAAGAAAAAAGAAGAAAAAUAUUGUUAAAGUUUAAAUCAAAUACAACAACAACAAAAAUGAAACAAACAAGCAAAACAAAUUUAAAAAUAUAAAAAAAACAUUGUUUAGAAGUUUUUAAAAAAUAAGCCCAUCAAUGAAACAAAAAAUCAAAAAAAUGUCAAUGUAGAUAAUUGUCGAAAAACUAAAUAAAGCAGAGAGAAAAAUAUAAAAACAAAACAAAACACAAACAAAGUUAAAUGUUUAGCGAUA